AUGGUCUAUAUCCCUCCUCCACAACUUGCCGGCAACCGCACCUCCUACUCCGAUGCGUAUAAUCAGAUCCUAUCUGCGCAUAGGCGCUCACCUCUUUCCUCGGCAUCCUCAGUUAUCAUGGUUGUCUCGCCAAACGUGGAUGCGCUCUGUGCAUCGCGUAUGCUUGCAACGCUCUUUAAACAGGACGAUGUGGGCUACCGUAUUAUUCCAGUAUCAGGAAGAGCUGAAAUGGAAAAUGUUCGAGACGAGUUGUCUUCGAAUAACGAUCUUCACACAUUGAUCCUCAUUAACAUGGGUGGCCGUUAUGACCUUCCCCUCGCGCAGUGGUUUGGAAACUUUGAUCUCAAGGUCACAAUCCACGUUAUCGACUCCGCACGACCUUACGGUUUGGUCAACUUAUUCAUGGCUGGGGAGAACGCCGAUAGAAUUUUGGUGUGGGACGAUGGAGAUGCAGACAAAUUGAUUGAGGAAAAGAAAUCAUGGGAAGCGUUAGAGUACGAACUGAAACCAGAAUCCGACAGCGAGGAUGAUGACGACUUGGACGACAACGAACAAGAUGAAGACUUGAGUGACGACAAGGAAGACACCGGUAGCGCUAGCAGCCCCUCUAGUAAGCGUCGGAUACGCAGUGAGGAUCCUCCUCGGAAGCGUCGUAGGACAGACGACGAACAGAAGACUCGAAUGACCUGGGACGAAUUGGACCACCAUGAGCUAGUCGUCAACAAAUAUUUCACGUCAGGGACCUGGCAUGGGCAAUGUGCAGCAAGCACCAUCUACAUACUUGUUACCCAGCUUGAGAGGGCCGAUAACGAUUUGCUCUGGCUCGCCAUCUUGGGUCUUACAUUUCAAUACAUCACCUCACGAAUACCUCGCGAUAUUUAUGAGGGAUAUCAUUCUAUCUAUCUCGACGAAGUCUCCCGUCUUAAUCCACAACCGCAGAAAGAAAACAAUCAUUCACUCAUUGCUAUCAACCCCGAUGACAUUAGUGUGCGAUCGACGGAGGAGCUGAGGUUCAUGCUGUUUAGGCACUGGACCCUAUACGAUGCCAUGUUUCAUUCGAGCUACGUUGCCAGUAAACUUGGAAUCUGGAAAGAGCGAGGUCGACAGCGUUUGACUGGCCUUCUAGCAAAAAUGGGAUUUUCCAUCCCACAGACUCAACAACCAUUUGCACAUAUGGAUAUGGACCUCAAGAAGAACCUGAUCCAAAAGCUCAACGACAUUGCCCCAGAAUAUGGCCUCGUAGAACUAUCGUAUCCGUCCUUCAUGCGAUGUUAUGGCUUUCAUUCGCAACCUUUAUCGGCAGCAGAUGCAGUUGAGGGCAUCAGCGUCCUCCUCGAUGUGGCGGAAGGAAUACGCAUGGAAGUUGAGAUUGAAGGAACACGGAACGGUGGUGAAUGGUUUGGAGGAGGUCGUAUUUGGGAGUUGCCGAGCUCUGAUAAAGCCGGGCUAAAGCUGCAGGAAAAACCUGUAGCUGCAAAUCCUGCAGACCCAACUGCCGGCCAUGCUGGGAACGAAAAUGAUGCAGACAAAGACGAGGAACGAAAGAAAGAGCCUCAUUGGUGGGUGAAGAAUUUCUGGACAGCCUACGACGCCCUCAGCGACAUCUCCGCUCUGAGGCAAUCCCUACGUCUAUCCAUGUCCCUCCAUCGUGCCAUAAUCCGACAGGGCACAUCUAUCAUCGAUAAACAAGACAUCAAAACCAUGCGAAGCCACCGCGUCGUCGUUCUCACACAAGGGCCCGACUUGAUUCUAUUCUCUCAUCCCUCCAUUUUAACACGACUCGCGUUGUGGCUGGUGGAUGCACUACGUGACCGGUUGGCCGAUGCUACGACAACUCGCCUGAGGAGAAAAGGCCUUCCAUUUGUCGUGGCGUGCUUGAAUGAGACAACGCAGCGCUUCACAGUCGUAGGUAUUACAGCUGCAUCUGAAUUCGGCGAUGUUCGCAAAAACAACUUUGCCACGACCUUUUUUCUCGCGUCGCAGAAAUGCCAACCAGGACGUGCGGAAUUCACCUCUUUCGAUGCAGCUAUUCUUGAGGUGGAGAAGAGCGAUCUUCAUGUCUUCCUUCAAGAACUUUGUAACGCGUAA